GCGUCGUGACGUAGCCAACCUGCGACAGCUCGGGCGGCAGUUUGUUUUGGUGGAGGAAUGAGAUGCUCACACCUGCAUUUUCAUCGUUAAUCAAAUAAAGGCGAAUUAACAUGAUUCACGAGCUGUUGCUAGCGUUGAGUGGAUACCCUGGGACGAUUUUCACAUGGAAUAAACGAACAGGUUUGCAGGUGUCCCAGGACCUUCCCUUCCUUCACCCCAGUGAGACCAGUGUCCUCAACCGGCUCUCUAAACUGGGCUCAGAUUACAUGCGCUUUACAGAGUUCAUAGAACAACACACAGGCCAUGUGCAUCAACAAGAACAUCAUACGAACCAGCCCAACCAGACGGGACUUCAUGGAAUUUACUUACGGGCUUUCUGCACUGGGCUGGACUCUAUACUGCAGCCGUACAGGCAGGCCCUGCUGGACCUUGAACAAGAGUUUCUUGGAGAUCCACAUCUGACAAUAUCUCAUGUGAAUUACAAGCUCGAUCAGUUCCAGUUGCUGUUUCCUUCUGUGAUGGUGGUUGUAGAGUCAAUAAAAUCACAGAAGAUCCAUGGCUGUCAGAUCCUGGAGACGGUGUACAAGCACAGCUGUGGGGGGCUUCCACCUGUACGCAUGGCCUUGGAAAAGAUCCUUGCUGUGUGCCAUGGUGUGAUGUACAAGCAGCUCGCAGCUUGGAUGCUACACGGGUUGCUGCUGGACCAAAGCGAGGAGUUUUUCGUGAAGCAGGGGCCCAGUGCAGGAGGAGCUGCUGCCAACCAGGAGGAGGAGGAGGAGGACCUGGGGCUGGGAGGCUUGAGCGGGAAACAGCUCAGAGAACUACAGGACCUGAGGCUGAUCGAGGAGGAGAACAUGCUGGCCCCGUCUCUGCAGCAGUUCUCGCUGCGGACGGAGAUGCUUCCUUCUUACAUUCCCAUCAGAGUGGCUGAGAAGAUCCUCUUUGUUGGAGAGUCUGUCCAGAUGUUUGAAAACCACAACCACAGCCCAUCUAGAGCUGGCUCCAUACUGAAGCACCAGGAGGACAUGUUUGCUGCCGAGCUGCACAGACUCAAACAACAGCCUCUUUUCAGCCUGGUGGAUUUUGAAAAUUUGAUUGAUCGCAUCAGGAGCACCGUGGCAGAGCAUCUUUGGACGUUAAUGGUGGAGGAGUCAGACCUGCUCGAACAGCUCAAGAUUAUUAAGGACUUCUACUUGCUGGGUCGUGGCGAGCUCUACCAAGUUUUUAUUGACCUCGCGCAGCAGAUGCUGAAGACACCUCCAACAGCCGUCACUGAGCACGAUGUGAAUGUGGCCUUUCAGCAGGCGGCUCAUAAGGUGCUCCUGGACGACGACAACCUCCUGCCUUUGCUGCACCUCACUGUAGACUACCAGGGCAAAGACAAAGAGGCGACAGGUGCCAGAGAUGGAGCCACUCCUCCACAAGACACGUCCCCUCGUGAGGUCCCUCCCUCAGGUUGGGCAGCUCUCGGUCUCACCUACAAGGUCCAGUGGCCGCUGCACAUCCUCUUCACUCCCGCCAUCUUGGAGAAGUACAACGUUGUGUUCAGGUACCUGCUGAGUGUGCGGCGGGUGCAGUCGCAGCUGCAGCACUGCUGGGCUCUACAGAUGCAGAGGAAGCACCUCAAGUCCAGCCAGACAGACGCCGUUAAGUGGCGACUACGCAACCACAUGGCCUUCCUGAUCGACAACCUGCAGUACUACUUACAGGUGGACGUGCUGGAGUCUCAGUUCUCUCAGCUGCUUCAGCAGAUCAACUCCACUAGAGACUUUGAGAGCAUCCGACUGGCCCACGACCACUUCCUCAGCAACCUGCUCGCCCAGUCCUUCAUCCUCCUGAAGCCGGUAUUCCACUGUCUGAAUGAGAUCCUGGAGCUGUGUCAAACCUUCUGCUCACUGGUCAGUCAGAGUGUGAUGUCACUGGACGAGAGGGGAACUGCUCAGCUGGAUAUCCUGGUCAAGGGCUUUAGACGGCAGUCCUCGUUGCUGUUUAAAAUCCUCUCGAGUGUGAGGAACCACCAGAUAAACUCUGAUCUGGCUCAACUGUUACUGCGACUGGACUACAACAAAUACUACACCCAGGCUGGAGGCACUCUGGGCAGUAUUUAAGAAGAGUGCAAAGGAUCCAGAUAUGGAGACGUUUCCUUCUAAGCCAAGAAGAAACUAAGAUCAGUCAGGUCCUUUGCUCUACACAAAAAGUGUUAGCACGGCAUGCCUGUUAAAAUGAUCUUUGAAGGGUUAGCUCACCCAAGUUAUACAUCCUAUUUUCCUCACUCAUCUGUAGAGGUGUGUGUAGCCAUGGAGACUGUUUUUGAUUUACAGACAGAGAUCUUCAGGUCUGUUCCUCUGAAACGUCUGCCACCACCUCA